CUCCCACAAUGUAGGCAUCAACGGCAUCAACGGCAUCAAAGCAUCAAAGGCAUCGCUCGGGGUGGUUCCGGGAAUACAGCGUUGGGGGGGAUGACAUUAUUUGAUGGAUACAUUAAAAAACUGUUUCCUUGUCGUUAAAUGGAUUAAAGAAACACUAUUUCACGGCUUCUGGCGAGAACAACGUCCUUUUCCCAGGCCGAGAGUAAUGUCGGGUGCUUCCACUGCACUUCACAUUGACCCGGCAUGGCCCGACAACGCUUGGGGGAUGUAGAUGCUGCGUGCUAUUGAAAGACGUGGACAUUUUUUAAUUUUUGGAAAACAUUUUAGAUAUAUUUCCCAAUGAUUUACUACAUAAUAAAGGCAUGUAACCGGCGGACUACUUUUUCUCGGCGUGAAGUAGUAGCGGAGAGUUGCCCAGUCGUCCAAGAGAUGGCGUUGCCAUGGAUGCCGACCAAUCACAGCACAGGCUGUGUUUCGCCGCGAAACAAUCGACGUUCGAUCAGCAAAAGCAAGCAAAAGCACCAAGCCGUUUCGACAGUUUCGCCGUUCAACGUCUCGCAAGGCCCCAGGUCACCAGACCUUCCAGAUAAAUCAGCCGUUAUCCCUGUUACUAGUAUGCACAGUAUUCCCUUGCUUAAAGACCUCGCAGUCGUUAGUUUUUGCUGGCCAUAGCAAUAUCCAUAAGGAGGAGGGAGGUCAGGAAAUUGGGCUCCCUUACCUAAGAUUUUGAUUUUGCUCCAUCAACCUCCUGCCCUAAUUUAUCCGCUCUACCAUUCUCCCCUGUGCAAUAUGCCAGCUCCAAAGAAAUUUCUGACAAUGGCUGCCCUAUUAGAUGAGGUGCGUGCACACUCUGUCCUGUGGAAUACCGGCAAUAAAAUGCACUUCAACACACUAGCCAAGAACUCUGCCUGGGAAAAUGUGGCUGAUAAAUUCCAGGAUGCCACCCCUCAAAAAUGCGAAAGCAUGUGGGCAGCUGCCCAGCAGGCUAAAAAGGCCUACAAUGCCAAGAUUGGAAGAUACAGCAGCAGGUCAUGAGUUCCAAAUAAGUCCUACAUUACAACAGGCGUACAUUCUCUAUCAUUGUAUUUUUUUUCCUCACUAUGAGUGUGAAAAGCAAGUGCAUGUGUGAAUUUGAUAAUUUAUUUAAGCAUUAAAUUAAUUCUAAUGCAUCAAUUUAGUUCAUUUGUAUCCUGUGAACCAAUCCUCAAACCUGAAUUAAUCGAUUGAAAGAUUGCUUCAAUUGUGGAACUCUGCUCUGUUGGGGAUUGUGUAUGUAGCAGAUGUCAACCAGAAUGCUUGAUUUUAUCUAACAUAAAUUAGAAACAAGUUUUUGUUAAGGGAUAGACAGAAGGUAAAACUGUUUGUGUGACCCAAAAGUUGAUACUCCUGUCAGCGCGUGGCUGAGCACUAGUGCCACUUACAUGGCGCUCGUUGAAAAGAAUAGGGGCGGGGGACGAUACCCCAGUCUAUCAUCGUGGAGUAUCGCUGGCUAUAUGGAGUAUGUCGGAGGGAUGGAGGGAAGACAGAGGAGACACAGCCCUGCAGGGAAGACCAAACAUAUCUCAGCCUAUUUCACAAUCUUACUGCAGCUAGCUACUGUCAAUUCCAUUUUUUUGAGAAGACACAUAUAUCUUAUCCUGAAAAAAUGUCAAAUGAUCAGAAGCUGAAACAAACAGCCCACCAGGUUGCCUCUGAGGUAUAUUAAAUACAGCUGACCUUUCUCAUCUCUAUACUGGAGUGAGAUGAAAAUGCCAUGAAGUCGUUUAUUUUCAAUAACAAGUGUAUGCUGAGCUUUGUAUUCCAAAACUCCCUAUGGUUUCAAAAAAUAAUAAUUUUGAAUCACAAAAUAUAUUAUGUGAUAUUCUGACUUCAAAAUGUGCGUUUUUUUGUCCAACUUCGAAACUUCUUUCCAUUCUACGUGCCCAAGCACACUUGAAUAAGAGUCAAAUAUGCCGAGUUUGAGUAAAAUCUGGAAUUUACACCUACCUUAUGUCUCCUUUGUCAGUGCUCCUUCAUUUUUCUUGCAGGUGCUGAGUUCGGGAAUAAGAUGGGGAUUUCCCAACGAUUUGCCCUUCUCCUGCUUGCUGUGCGGAAAAAGCGACGUGGCCCUCUUCUCCGUGGUUCCCUGCAAAAGAGAAAAACUGCAUUUGUGCAGUUAAUCGCACAAAAGAGGCGUGUGGCCGCUCUACACCGGCACGUCGAUAAACUGAAGAAGAAGUGGUGGGUUCGCCCUAUGCUUCAGGAUCAUGAAAAGCAUGGUGCGUGGUUCACCACUAUACCACGUAUGCGCCAGUCAAAUGACCUGGAGAGGUGGUACAAUUUCUUCAGGAUGACCUACGAGGCUUUCGACCAGCUGCUAGAGCUUGUUGGCCCACACAUCCUAAAAAAAUCUUGGAGAAAGCCCAUUUCACCUGGAGAAAGACUGGCCAUUACCUUAAGAUACCUAGCUACAGGGGACAGCUUCGAAUCCCUUAGCUACUUGUUCUUGGUCUCAAAUCAGGUUAUUGCUCAAAUUGUACUCGAAACGAGCAUUGUUAUAUGGACGGUGCUAGAGCCCCUAGUGUUUGAGAAAGACUCAGAAAACAAGUGGCUGGAGUCUGCUGCAGGGUAUGAGGUGAUGUGGAACUUGCCACACUGUGUAGGUGCUAUAGAUGGUAAACACAUCCUUAUCCAGGCACCUCCCCACAGUGGCAGCACUUACUUUAAUUAUAAGAAGACAUUCAGCAUGAUCCUAAUGGCAGUGAGUGAUCCAAAAUAUAAGCUGCUGUAUGUCAACAUGGGAGCUUGUGGAAGGAGAGGUGACGGUAAUGUUUACCAAACUAGCGCCUUUGGCAAGAAGUUGCAGAACAAGAAACUCCACAUGCCACCUUCCUGCCCUGUUGAUGGUAUUGAAGGGGACCUACCGUUCUACAUUGCAGGAGACGGCGCUUUUGAAAGAAGUUACCAUCUACUAAAUCCCUUUAAGGGUAACCAUCUCAAAGGUCCUGAACGCCUCUUCAAUUAUAGGUUUUCAAGGGGUAGACGGUGUAUUGAAGAUGUGUUCGGCAUCAUGUUCAGAAGAUACGGGCUUCUUCAUAAGCCCAUCCAAGCCAGCAAGACCACAGCAAGGUAUGCUGUGUUGGCUUGUUGUGCAUUGCACAAUUUCCACAUGAAGGAUGAAGGCAGUGUACCACCUAAGAGGAGAAGAAUGAUGCCGAACAUCUACUUUGACUACAAGAGGAAUGAUGGCAGUGAAAUUUGUGGGAGGUGGAAAAAUGAAAAUCCCGCCCUAGAAAAGGAAGUCUUGCACAGGCUGCAAGAAGCAGUGCUACAGAAGAAAGGAGAGGGAGAAGAAAUGGUGGGAGAGGACAUGAGAGAAGUUCUUCUUGAAUAUUUUAUUGAAAAUGAUCUGCCAUGGCAGUGGAAGAAAGGUCAUGUAGAUUGAAAAGACAUCUUAAUGUAAACUGUUACACUUUAAGUAGUAUAAAAGAGCUGCCAUGGUUUGUAGUCAUCAGAAAGCAGUUUUUUUAUGUAACAUUUUUCACUAUUUUAGGAAUGAGUUUUAGGAUCUUUGUGAUCUUUGUGCAAUACAAAUUAACUGUGAUUCAAUUCGGUAUUUAUGUUAACUUUAAAUGAAGUUGGUCAAGCUGGAUUAAAAAUUGUUUGCUACAACUACGAAUACUUUCACUGUUCUAUUAAUCCAGGUGAAACUGAAGAGGGUUGGUCACAGUACAAGAAGGCUGCUGUUCAAGUACUACUUCGUCAAUAAAAUCUACAAAUCAUGUUUUACUGUUGUUUCUCUUAGUUUUUUAAAAAAGGUGCCAGUAUGAAAGUUAUAAAUGAUCAUUUAGGUAA